UUGCUGAGUCAGUGGUAAUCAGAGCAAAGGAGGACAACGAGCUAUGGCGUCUGUUUUUUAUUCAGAGGAUUUGAGUUGCUGUAUUUGUCUGACUAUCUUCACUGAUCCUGUGACUCUUCACUGCGGCCACUCUUUCUGCAGAACAUGUAUUACAGAGGUUCUGAACUCACAGCAUCAAUGCCCACAGUGUCGGACAGAGAUACAGGAUCUCACAGAACCUCUUCAAACAAGCCAUAUAUUGAAAAGCCUCGCUGAAAAGGCCAAAGAAGCUGAGAAGGAGAAAGAGCACAGAAGUGAGAGAGCAGAGGUGAAUGAGUGGUUGUGCUCUGAACACGAUGAAAAGCUGAAACUGUUCUGCGUCACAGAUCAGCAGUUAACUUGUAUCAUAUGCCGCGAUGGGGAGAGGCAUGAAGGACACAAGUUCAAACCAGUCAAAGAAGCAGCUGCAUCUCUGAGGCAGGAGAUGGAAAAGGGUAUAGAGAAGCUUUCUGCUGAUAUCCAUGCCAUAGAGAGCCAAGCCAACUCACAAAGGGAAGAAAUAACAAAAACCAAGAAGAAGUCUCAUCAGUUGAUGACCCAAAUCUGCAGCCAGUUUGAGGAGAUGCACCAGUUUCUGAGGAAGAGAGAAGAUGAGAUCAAGGAAGACCUGAAACACAAAGAGGAAGAUUCUGUUGAGAAAAUGAACAAGAACUUAAAUGCUAUAGAAACAGCUUUGUCUGAGAGCAGAGAGCUGGAAGGAAAGGUGACAUCGGUUCUGAAUAUUACCGACCCUCAGAGGUUCUUAAAGAGCUGGACUGAGGAUAACAGCAGGACUCAAGAAGAUUUAUCCAGGCCCAGAGCAGAUGAUCUCAAAGUGGUGAAUACAUCUCUCUCUCUGGGGCCUUAUGAAAGUCACCUGCAGUUCUUCAUGUGGAAGGAGAUGCUCCAGGUGAUCCAACCCCGAGAAGAAAAGCUGUCACUCAAAAGCAACAGUGCGACUAUAACUGUGUCUGAUGAUGGGAGAAGUUUGUUAUGUACCAACCAACAAGCCAACCAAGCUCAAUCACACUUGUCAUUUCCAGUGUCCAAAAGCUCUUCUUUUCGCCCCGCCUCACCAUUGAGCCAACCCGCAGCCCUCGCUGUUGCUCACUCUACCUCAACAUCGGGCCAACCCACAGCCUCCACUCUUUUUCGCCGCCCCGCCUCAACAUUGAGCCAACCCACAGCCCUCGCUGUUGCUCACUCUACCUCAACAUCAGGCCAACGCAUAGCCUCCACUCUUUUUCGCCGCCCCGCCUCAACAUUGGGCCAACCCACAGCCUCCACUCUUGUUCAUUCCACUGGAGUAUUUGGAGGAUCUGGCACCCACACAUCUCCUGGACAGCAUCUCAAAAAGUCUCCCUUAAGCACAGAUCAUGUAAUCAGUGUCAACGAGUUCACCUCAGGCCAGCAUUACUGGGAAGUCGAGGUUGGACAAAGGAACUAUUGGGAACUGGGGGUAAAAGAUUAUUUCCUGAAAUAUGAUGGCCAAAAAUAUACCACCUGCAGUCCAAAUAUAAUCACAGAGCUAACGUUUGGAGGCAGACCUCGAAAGAUUGGGAUUUACCUAAACUGCCCAUCCAAGAAGGUCUCCUUCUAUGAUGCAGACAACAUGUCACAUAUUCACACUAUGAGCUCUGGUCUAAUGCCCAUGCCAGUGUCGGCAUAUUUUAAAGUGGCAGCAGAUCCUAACCGCCUGACACCCAGACAAAGUCCUCCCAGUCCUCCAGACAAGAAGGCAAGUGGGGUCAGUGGUAAUCAGAGCAAAGGAGGACAACGAGCUAUGGCGUCUGUUUUUUACUCAGAGGAUUUGAGUUGCUAUAUUUGUCUGACUAUCUUCACUGAUCCUGUGAUUCUUCACUGCGGCCACUCUUUCUGCAGAACAUGUAUUACAGAAGUCCUGAACACAAAGCAUCAAUGCCCACAGUGUCUGACAGAGACAUCGGUUCUCACAGAAUCUCUUCAAACAAACCAUGUAUUGAAAAGCCUCGCUGAAAAGGCUAAAGAAGCUGAGAAGAUGAAGAAAGAGCACAGAAGUGAGAGAGCAGAGGUGGAUGAGUGGUUGUGCUCUGAACACGAUGAAAAGCUGAAACUGUUCUGCGUUACAGAUCAGCAGUUAACUUGUAUCAUAUGCCGCGAUGGGGAGAGGCAUGAAGGACACAAGUUCAAACCAAUCAAAGAAGCAGCAGCAUCUCUGAGGCAGGAGAUGGAAAACGGUAUAGAGAAGCUUCCUGCUGAUAUCCACGCCAUAGAGAGCCAAGCCAACUCACAAAGGGAAGAAAUAACAAAAACCAAGAAGAAGUCUCAUCAGUUGAUGACCCAAAUCUGCAGCCAGUUUGAGGAGAUGCACCAGUUACUGAGAAAAAGAGAAGAUGAGAUCAAGAAGGAACUGAAACACAAAGAGGAAGACACUGUUGAGAAAAUGAACAAGAACUUAAAUGCUAUAGAAACAGCUUUGUCUGAGAGCAGAGAGCUGGAGGGGAAGGUGACAUCGGUUCUGAAUAUUACCAACCCUGAGAGGUUCUUAAAGAGCUGGACUGAGGAUAACAGCAGGACUCCAGAAGAAUUAUUCAGGCCCAGAGCAGAUGAUCUCAAAGUGGUGAAUACAUCUCUCUCUCUGGGGCCUUAUGAAAGUCACCUGCAGUUCUUCAUGUGGAAGGAGAUGCUCCAGGUGAUCCAACCCCGAGAAGAAAAGCUGUCACUCAAAAGCAACAGUGCAAAUAUAACUGUGUCUGAUUAUGGAAGAAGUUUGCUAUGUACUACCAACCAAGCUCAAUCAGGUUUCUCAUUUCAAGGAUCUUCUUUUGGCUCCACCGGAAUAUUUGGCCAACCCACAGUCCACAGUGGAGGCCCUUUUGGGUUUAGCCCACAAGCAGGCAGUUUUGGCGCGAGCGCAGGAUUUGGCACCCACACAUCUUCAGGACAGCGUGAGGACAUUUAUUCCGUAAACACAGAUCAUGUAUUCAGUGUCAACGAGUUCACCUCAGGGCAGCAUUACUGGGAAGUCGAGGUUGGACAAAGGAACUAUUGGGAACUGGGGGUAAAAGAUAAUUUCCUAAAAUAUGAUGGCCAAAAAUAUACCACCUGUAGUCCAAAUAUAAUCACAGAGCUAACGUUUGGAGGCAGACCUCGAAAGAUUGGGAUUUACCUAAACUGCCCAUCCAAGAAGGUCUCCUUCUAUGAUGCAGACAACAUGUCACAUAUUCACACUAUGAGCUCUGAUCUCAUGUCCACGCCAGUGUCGGCAUAUUUUAAAGUGGCAGCAGAUCCUAACCGCCUGACAGUGUGCUGGUACUGAGGUGCAGGAUGAAUAAUGAGCCAACAGGAAAUCAUUGAGCCCUGGAAUAAACAAACAAACAAACAAACAAACGGCCAAGAUAAAUAUCAUACUGAUUGUUGUUUAACAAUAGCCAUCUUAUCUACUUAUUUUUCAUCAGAAUUUUACUUGUUUAUCUUUUUUUGUUCCCUUAAACGUCUCUGUUUCAAUAUAUUGUUUUAUGUUGCUAAUACUUGAGGUUUGAGCAAGCUACUGUAUAUCGCGUAUGGUGCAAUAGUAGUGAUAGUGGUGGGGUGGGGGGGUUAACAAUUAAUAUGACCAUGUAACAUAAACCACAAUUCACAAUAAAGUAAAGAUAUGCAUUAGAUUAUAUUUUAUUGUUGCUCCGCUGAGCAGUUUUGUUAAAAUAUGGAAAAACGUUUGCAAAUGUUUGCAUCGAUUCAGUGAUCUAUGUAGUGUUUUGAUUUUUGGGGUUGGAGCUGCUCUGUUGUUUACAUCUCCUCUAAUCAUGUAUUGUGCUUUUUUAGCAAGAAAUUAUUAUAAGACAAUCUGCAAAACAAGUCAAAUAAACAAAACAAAGUU